ACACGUGACGUGGCCAGUGCGAGUAACUUGUUGAACAUAAGUGAAGAGAAAAGAAGAAGAAAAAGAGAUAUAAUUGAGUACAGUGAAAGAGUUGCAGUGUUUCCUCGGGUCACAUCCUUCCUUGACACGCCUGGAGAAGGAAGAUAACUGGUAGAGCCGUAGGGGGACCGCAAUAUAACAUAGCAAGCGAUCCAGGGCAGAUCACAAGAGGAAGAAGAGGAGUGUGUUCGGCUGAUCUUGGCACCUGACGAUUUAUUCUUGUAUUUUUCGGCAAGACAGGAAUAUUGGAAGAUACCUGAGCCACAGAGAAAUAAAUAUAGAAGUUACGACCCUCCUGCUCGGGAUGGACGUCUGUUGCUUGCUGGUCUGAUGUGCAGGGGAAGGAAGGGGCAGGGGUCAACAAACAGCCGCCAUUUAUGGGACCAGAACCCCUCUCGUCCAUCACACGUGGGGUCUGAAUGCCUGUAAGAGAGAUCAUGUUUAAAUACUCGUGAGUCUCUCAUGAAAAGAGCGUGGCAGUAUCGCCUCAACCAAUCAGCUCACACCUCCACGCCCCAGUUCAGCCAAUCAGCAUCGAUCUUGCCACGCUCCUCUCCCGGAACCACUAAAGAACCUUGGAACUCACGCACUCACUCAUGUAAAGAUUCAUUAAGCGCCUGACGAAGGAGGAGGGAAGGAAAACAAGAACAUGACGGAGGAAGAAAGGAAAAUGAAAAUGGAUGAAUGAUGAGAUAAAGGAAAAAUUAAUGAGGAUGAGCUCUUACAUUAGUGAAGACCGCCACUUUCACAAUGACUUCCCAAAGGACAUGACAGAGGAUGGCUGCCAGAUCUUGGAUGCAGACAAGAAAAGAUUGUCCAAGGAUUACCUGGAGCAGUCCCAGAAGAACCUGGAGGUGCUGCUGAAGACCUUUGAUGUGGGUGUGGCCAAAGGGGACGGGCGGCAUGACUACUCUGUGUACACGGGCACCAGCGGGUACAGCCUCCUCUACCUGCACCUGGCCCAGCGUAGGGGUGACGAGGCCUACCUGAAGAAAGCCUCAAGCAUACUGAAGAAUGCCUUGCACAACCUGACUGGGCGGCGUCAUUCUUUCAUCUGUGGCGACACAGGGCCCCUGGCACUGGCAGCUGUGCUGUGCCACCGGGAGGGUGAUGCCAGCAUGAUGAAGAACUGCAUAUCACGCAUCAAGAACAGGAAGGAUUAUGUCCUGAACCCCUCCAACGGUCUCCCAGAUGAGAUGCUGUAUGGACGCGCUGGCUACUUGUAUGCCCUUCUCCUACUGCAGAAAGAGAUUGGACGCACAGCAGUAGAGGACUCCCUGGUGCGUGCUGUGGUGGCCGCCAUCCUGGACUCUGGCCGCUCCAUGGCCCAGAGGAGGAAGAGCAAGGUGCCUCUCAUGUACCAGUGGCAUGAGAAAGACUACCUUGGUGCUGCUCAUGGUACUGCUGGUAUCCUCUUUAUGCUGAUGCAGGCAAAGGAACACUUGACAUCAGAAGAGCUUGAGGACUUGGUGAGGCCAACAGUUGACGGCCUUGCAACUCUGGUCUUCAGCUCCGGCAACUUUCCCUCUUCCCUGGGCAACAUGCAUGACCGUCUGGUGCAGUGGUGUCAUGGGGCGCCGGGCUCUGUCUACCUCUUUGGGAAGGCAUACCAGGUCUUUGGGAACGAGAGUUACUUGGAGGAAGCUAAGAGGGCGGGGGAGUGUGUGUGGGAGCGAGGCAUCCUCAAGAAGGGUUAUGGGAUUUGUCAUGGCACUGCUGGCAAUGGAUAUGCACUGCUCUACUUGUAUCAGGUGACCCAUGAGCCCAAGUAUCUGUACCAGGCUGCCCAGUUUGGCCUGUGGUGCCAAGACUAUGGGACACACGGCUGCCGCACCGCUGACCGUCCUCUGUCACUGUUUGAGGGUUUGGCCGGCAUGCUGCAUUACCUUAUUGAUCUUGAGGAUCCUGAAAAUGCUCGCUUCCCAGCCUUUGCUCUGGAGUGAGGUUUACAGAAAUGUGCUGCUCAUUCUUAGGGGAUCAUGUAAUGGAAGGAUGCGAGAAACUUGGAGUGUAGUUUUUAUUAUUUAGUAUUUUUUUCCAGUAUUGCCAAAGAAAAUUCUAGGAACAGGAAAACAAAUGAUAGUUUGCUAUGUGUUAUGGUAGGGUAAAGAAAACUGAGGUGCUUCAUGUAUUUCUUCUUUAUUGUCUCUAUAUACACACACACACACACACACACACACACACACACACACACACACACACACACACACACACACACACACACACACACACACACACACACACUGAAAUGCUGAAAACACUACAUACCUGUAAUUGAUCCCAUUUUGUUUAAAGUAGAUUUUUCACUUGCCUCGUAUUGAGAAAUAGCGGCACCUCUUCAUUCCAGCGUUGUCAUUUAUUACUACCGGGACUCCAGAUUGAGCCGGAGAAUGUACUGUGCGUGUGUCUUCACUACUGAUAAUUGUUGCCCCAGGGCUGUGAUGUAACGAAUAGUUGUUGUAUCAUUUAGAAUCUUGGUUUAAUUUCCUUUACCAGUCUACUCCAUCACACCAAGCCUGUCUUAGUAAUUUUGCCACCUGAGUACACACAAAAAUGGAAAACACUGUCACUUGGCAAUGCUUUCAUCUGCUGAUUGCCUGGAGUAUUCAGGUUGUUUUAUUUAUUUUUUAUCUUUCAGAUGUGUGGCAGUUUGACUGAAUUAUGACCAAAGCUCUUUGUAGGAUACCUGACUAUUUGUACAUGUUUUAAUAGGGCACCUAUGAAAACCAUUUACUGCACAGUUAAACACUGCAAUACUUGAGCUGAUCAUUGAGUGAGCCAGUGUGCCAUAUUCAGGUGUCCUCAUGAUGGUGAUAUUGCUGGGUUUGGCCUGGCCUGAUGGGUGAUGAUCACUUGUAUAGGCAGACCAGAUGUAUUUUCUUUGGCUUGGGAUUUGAGUAGUGAUUGUAGGGAAAAUCCUGAGUAAUUUUCACAUGUAUGUAAUGUGUAUUAGGAAAAGCAUAAGUGGAUCCUUUGAUGUAACUUAACCGUACAGUGAUGAUUGUAACAAGAAUAUUUGUUUAAACCAAUGGCUCAGUUUGCGCUAAUAAAUGUUACUGGUG